AUGCUUGUGAUUAUAUCUGUAAUCAGCCAAUCAACUGAAGGUAAUUUAUAACAUUGAUUAUUGGAAAUCCAGUUUCACGUUUCAUUUCGCUUGUAUUUUCACUACUAGCGAUACGACAUGAAUCACUAUAUACAGGGGCGGACAUAACAAUUUUGACUGGGAGGGUGUAAUCACGAAAUGAGACCGACUCACCACUGAAAUGUGAAUCCAGACCGACUCUUGGUGAGUUGGUUUGUUGCAAUAAAAUUGCGUACAAAGCAUGGAAAUUGAUGGCAUUUAUUAGGAAUUUUGCAAGAACACGUACAGUUUGCUGUGAAACGUUAUAUUUUUAUUAAAUGUCCGCGCUUAGUCAGGUUUGACCACGGGUUAGCGAUUUCGUCAAGAUCGAUCGUGUCUGUUAAAUUGCGCCAGCUCACACGCAAAGAGUCAAGAGUUCACCGAGGCGUUCCUGGUUCAUUACUGAACGCAUAACAGUUUUCACUGAUUUCAGCUAUAAAAAGCUGCGCUGAUCGGCUGAUGCGGAUGUUAGAGGAACUGUCAGGCGCGUAACUAUAGGAUUUUUGAUUGACCGAUACACUUCUGCGGGGGUCUGGGGUAUGCUCCCCCAGAAUAUAUUUGAUUUUCUAAGGCUUAGAAACGCUAUUUCCAUGUAUUGUGGGAGCAGUUCAAACGAAAUAUCAAUUUCAUAAACAGUGACACAAUGACUAUAAUUUUAUACUGUAGUUUUCCCAAAAUCCCGAGGCUAAGAAUUACAAAUAUUUUUGGUCGAACAUCAUUGAUCAGGUGCAUAAUAAAAAAGUGUUUGUGCUCAAUUGUUGUAAUAUUUGGGCGCUGGCCCGCACUUUUGUUAUUGGGGUACUUGUGCACCCAUACAGCCUACCAUUUCUUACGUCACUAGCUGUAGGGCAAGACUGAAUAAUGCUUCUUUACAUAGAGAGAACUAUACAGUCUGUCAUUGAACUUGAACUCGAUUGACUCAUAUACCUAGUUAUGGGCCUGACUGUAAGCAACAAUUGGAAACAUCGCCUAGUCAGUGGAAACAAUUUUUCGCUCCGUGAUUUCAGAUAAACCAGUGCGUCGUUCACUGAUCGAAUUUUUUGAUUGCAGUAUAGGUACAUAAAACUCUUUGGUAACAAAAUGCAUAUGCAUAUCGUGUUACAUGUGAACAUACUUCCUAAUAUAACUCGGCUAGAAAUUCGUUUUUGCACGUUACAUCUUAAAAAUAUAGUUCAGGGACCGGAGAAAUAUUGUAACUAAUGUUAACUAUUUUGAUCGAGAUUCAAUCAUCGCAUUUUGGAGUCUGAUUUUGGGGGUUUGAAAUUUUCGCUAAUAUAGAAUAUCACCCGUGAAUGACCUUGCAGAACCUAAAUUCCAAAUAAAAGUGCCAACACAUAAUCGUGCACAAAGAUAUCUCCAUGUUUGGAAAGUAAAUGGAAACUUCAUCUCUUUGCGCGUGUUUUGAAUGAUAAUUCGUUCAUAAACUCGCGAAAUAAGUACGUAAUAUUUCUUCACAUUACUUUUGAGCUGUUUGAUCCGUUUGAACAAAUUUCCAACUCAAUACUCAAUAGUCUAUCUCGAGUUUUGAAAAGAUUUAAUUUGCUUCGCAAAGCACUGCAUAUAAACAAACGCAUAAUUUUGAGACCGACUGCACGUAGUUUGAGACCGACUGGAUCAUUUCUCUGGGGGUGGGGGGGGGGGGGGAACCACCCUAGACCAUGUCCCUAGACCAUGCACUCGAAAGAGUUUCUUUAGCCCCCUCCCCAACUAAACCAAUCGUCCGUCGCCCAUGAUUAACUGAAUAUACAAAAUCAAUCAGCGUGCAAAGCUUCGAGUUUGAGUUCUAACACUUCUUCCCGUCGGAAUGUAUAUAGAACGUUAUGUACGUAGAACAUUGGAACAACAAGUUCUUUGUGACGAUAAGAUCUAUCUGUGAAGACAUUCUCUUUUCAUUUCAGCACAAUCUUGGUGUGUUGACAAAAGCAGCAACAGUAUAAUCAAUUCAAAUACUGAUUAUAAUCAUUCCAACUUUAUUUACAGUAUUUACUCUAUUUAACUCCCAGCUUCUUUUUGCCCCUCCUCUUCUAAUUAGCUAGCUCCCAAUCCAGCAACGCUGAAACAAAAAUAAGCCCCUACCCUCUAUUUCACCUCGUUAAAACUAUCGCUUUUAUACUGGUCUUUUGCAGCAUAUUUAUGUCGUCUUUGCGUGUAUUUUUGUCACUCUGAAUAAGUCCAUAUAAUAAACAGAACAUUAAACGGUUGCGAGAAGAUAUGGAUUUAUAUUCUCGUGUCAAACAGAAAAUUGAUCUCCUCGAUCACUCCUCACAACCGUCUAAUAUCCUCUAUUUAUUUAAUACUAUAGCCUAGAUAAACUGCAUAUAAUUCCACAGCUAGCUUGUUUUGUAUUUAAUUAUAGGUGCUGUUGACAACUGCAAGACUUUGGUGACUCAAUGUCUUAUAAGUAGCGGUUUUGAUGCCUGUACUUCACGCAACUGUGUCUUAGGUGUUGCAAUAAAUUUGGCACAAUGUCCAAGAAAUUCUCCUUAUCGCACCACGAUGGGAAGAUUGAUACAGUCAUUGUCAAGAUCCUGUUCCACAAGUACGCUUCUCAAGAAUCUAGGAUGAGAAGCUCGGCCCUCUCAUGGUAUGUACGCAAAUCAUCCACCUUUAUAAUAUUCUCUAGAUUUAUGAUCACCUAUAGCCUUCGUGUCAAACUAGACUAUGAACUAAAACUUUGAAACAUCUAUAAGCGGCAGUAACUUAAAUUCGGCGGGUGGGGAGAUAAAUUAACCAAAUACGUAAAAAAAUUUUUUGGGCAAAAAUACAUUCAAAUCAUGUUCAGUGAGAACAAAAAACCUAUAGAACUAGAACUUGAGCAGAAGCCCGGUUCGAGCAAUUUGAAGAUAUUACUAAUCUAGUAUACGUCGUUUUCUGACCAUCAGAAUUUUGUAAAAUCGUCCUCCAAAGUGCAUGGAUGAAGUGAUGUUUCAGAUAUUUCUUCGGGAAGCAUGCUCGAUGAUGCAUGCCCCAUAGCUUCAAUCUCGUCUAGGGUCUCGUACCUAUUGCACUUGAUACUUCUGGCUUCGCAACAUUACCCUCAUAUACACACGGGACCAGGUCGACUAGGAAGAACACUGUAGCAUAUAGGCUUGAGAAUAAGGAGGGUACCUUCGACGCUAUCCCUGCUGACGCUCAGACAUUUUCCACAUUUUCCCAUUCUUUUAUGACUAAACCCUUUUAAUUUUUGGGCAACGGAAAACAGACUCCCCCUCCCCCGCUGAGAACCUGUAGUAGCAUGGUUUGUUUUUUUGAAAGAAAUUAUAUCAGCAGCGAUUAUCAAGAGUUGAAGUGGUGAUUGGGGGAGGGGAAGUUUGAGGAGAAGACAAAAAGAUAAUGUGCUUUUAGGCAGUGAUUUUAGUCUGCCGAUUUUUAAAAUUGUCGCUUUACCAGUCGAUGAAAAUCGGCAUGUACCGAACACGUACUACAAUUAUAAAUUAAUUAGUAACUUCAUGAUUACCAUAGCAUAAAAUUAUAUCAAAACAUGCGAUCACGGCAUGGAUUUUGACUGAUUGAGAUAACCAAUAAAAAUCGGAAUACGCAGCUCAUGCAAUAAAUUGAUAAGGCCGGAACGGUAUCAAAACAAUCUGAUCUAACUGUCCGAUUAAAAUCGGGCGACUAAAAUUGCACGCUGUGCGCCAGGCUUAACAGGCAGAUGGACUGCCUGUUGUAGUUUGGUCCUGUUAACUGGUUUCCUAUAUAAUUCAAAUUAGUUUGGUAUCCUUAAUCUUGGCAAAUUAGCAACAAUUAUACAGCUGUAUUUUUUGUUUUAGGAAAAGAAAUAUUUGA